AUGGCUUCCAAUCCCAGUGAAGUGUCGCCUUUGCGGGUAGUCACUCGGCAUAUCACAGGUCACAACGAGAACGGGAAGGCAGUGAUACAUUCGUCGACACCGGCUGAAUGGGUAUCACUUGAAAAAGGCAAGAUGGCAUUCAAUGUUGUUUAUACGAGCCAAUUCCCUCCGGAUCUCAACAACGACGCGGACAUCAAGACCCACGAGACAUUGACACAAUCCGGCCAGCUGGGACUCGUUAACCCUGGUGGAACCGUAUGCCGCAUUGUGGACUUCGCGCCCAACAACCCUGCUGUCGUUCACCGGACGCAGAGCCUCGACUACGGCGUGGUACUCGAGGGGCAGGUUGAAAUGAUUUUGGAAGAUAGCGAGCCAGUCAUCAUGAACAGAGGAGAUGUUGCUGUGCAGCGGGCUACGAUGCAUGGAUGGCGCAAUACCAGCGGGACAGAAUGGGCCCGUCUCCUGUUCGUGCUGCAGGAUUGCAAGAAAUUGACGGUGGCUGGGAAGGAAAUGGGAGAAGAUCUGGGAAUUGGCGCUGGGAUAAUGAAGCCAAGUGGCAAUCAGGAGUGA